GCUCCCAGUCGCGUGAAGGAACUGCGCGCGGUGCAUUCUGGGACAGCAGGCGGUGUAGGUCAGAGAAGAGAAACUCCAAAAUGUCGGCUGCUGGUCUCACGUCCUUGAGCCGCUGUGGUGUUUUGGCAUUCCGCUCCCCGGCAGGACUGGUGGCGGUGCGUUAUGCCCAAACAGCUGCAGCUCCAGCAGCACAACCCAGAAUAAAGAAGUUCCAGAUCUACAGAUGGGAUCCAGACACUCCAGGAGACAAACCUCGCAUGCAGACCUUCGACAUUGACCUCAACACUUGUGGCCCAAUGGUUCUUGAUGCCCUCAUCAAGAUUAAAAAUGAAAUGGACCCCACUCUGACAUUUCGUCGCUCCUGCAGAGAAGGUAUUUGUGGAUCCUGUGCAAUGAACAUAAAUGGAGGAAACACACUGGCCUGUCUCAACAAGAUUGACACCAACAUUAGCAAGCCAACUAAGAUUUACCCUCUGCCACAUAUGUAUGUGGUCAAGGAUCUGGUACCUGACAUGAGUAACUUCUACGCCCAGUACAAAUCCAUUGAACCCUACUUGAAGAAGAAGGAUGAGUCACAGGAAGGGAAGGAGCAGUACCUGCAGACCGUGGAGGACAGACAGAAGCUGGACGGCCUGUAUGAAUGUAUUCUGUGCGCCUGUUGCAGUACGAGCUGCCCAAGUUACUGGUGGAACGGAGACAAAUACCUCGGACCUGCUGUGCUCAUGCAGGCAUAUCGUUGGAUGAUUGACUCACGAGAUGAGUUCACAGAAGAGCGCCUGUCCAAGCUGCAGGAUCCUUUCUCCCUCUACCGCUGCCACACCAUCAUGAACUGCACCAAGACCUGCCCCAAGGGGCUGAACCCAGGAAAGGCCAUUGCUGAGAUCAAGAAGAUGAUGGCUACAUACAAGGAGAAGAAGGCAGCCGCUGUCUAAAACCUCUGUUGUACUCUUGUACAACUUGCCCCUCCACGAUUAAAUUAUAUAUUGAUUUUAAAAAUGCUUCUUGAGGUCUGAUGGGCCAGUGCACCAGUUAUCUCCUCUUCCACCACACUGGGCAGACCGCCAAUAGAAAUGUGUGUGUGGUUGGAGGACUUGGUGUUACACAAACGCACAUGUACAUUAUGAAUGCAGGAGAGAGUGUGUGUCUGAGUCUUACAUGUUCCAUAACGGAAAUAUUUAUCUCCAACUCUACUGUGUGUGUAUGAUUGUGUACUUUGGAGACAUAAUGCUACAUAUUACAGUAAAAACAAGGCGUUUUCUUGUGUGUAAACAUUUUUUUAGCUUGUUGCUUUUCAAGGUAGCAGGUCGCUUCCAUCCAUACCGUGUAUAUGUUCCCUCAGAUCUUCCAGCAUACCAACAGCACUCUUUGUUUUGAUGGAAAAAUAAAUAGUUGAAAUGCC